CUAACGAAACUUUUAAGCAUUUGUCAAAUCAAAAAUGAAUAUCUGUAGCCUCAGGGGCAUUCAAACGCAAUUAUGCAGACGUGCAUUUAUAUUGUCCAGCAAUGGCAGGCCGGCAGCGAUUCAUCCAGUUGCGGCAACCAAAACAGUGACCACACGUGAGGCCCACAGCGCUCUAUAUCAAAUGGAGCUAUGCCGUCCCAGACUUUCCUGUAAUACUGAAGUACUCAGAGCUGUAAAUUGUAAUGUCAGCCGAAAAGCCAGUAAUGAAAGUAAGGAAACCAGUACUUGUGAUACGUCUAACUCGGGUGCAGGAACCAGUGGUACACCAGGGGGCGACAAAGGUGAUGAUAAGACCAAAACAAUUCUUUUAGCUUUGGCCGGAGUUUUAGGUGUUGGUGGAUUGGUUUACUACUUUAUGAGCGACAAAAAAGACGAAACAACAACAAGCACUACUCCAGAAAUUCCCAAACCCAAGUCGGAAGAUUUGCCAAAGCAUGUUCCAUAUUUAUUGAUAGGAGGUGGUACCGCAUCAUUUUCUGCAUUCCGUGCUAUCAAAUCAAACGAUGCAAAGGCUAAGGUCUUAAUGAUUACAGAUGAAAAUCACAAACCCUAUAUGCGACCACCAUUGUCUAAGGAAUUAUGGUACACUGCUCAAAAGGGGGAAAUAAGUAACGAUUAUCGUUUCAAACAAUGGACUGGUGCUGAGCGCAGUUUGUAUUUUGAGCCAGAAGAAUUCUUUAUUGAACCAUCCAAACUUAGUGACAGUGAAAAUGGCGGUAUUGCCGUCGCCCAAGGCUUUAAGGUGAAAAAAGUUGACCCCACAAAACGUGUUGUGACACUUAGUGAUGGCUACGAAAUUACUUAUGACCAAUGUUUAAUAGCCACCGGCUGUACCCCAAAAAAUUUGCCAAUAUUCACUGAGGCCGCUCCUGGAGUGAGAGAGAAAGUUAUGGUCUAUCGCACUCCUGAGGACUUUGAAAAACUAAAAAAAUAUUUGGAUAACAAGAAGACAGUUGCUAUAAUCGGUAAUGGCUUCUUGGGCAGUGAGUUGAGUUGUUCCUUGGCAAACUACAACAAAAGUAAAACCGAUGCUGGUCGCAUUUAUCAAAUAUUCCAAGAAACUGCCAAUAUGUCAAAGAUCUUACCCGAUUACCUUAGCAAAUGGACUAUGGAAAAGGUGAAAGCACAAGGAGUUUGUGUUGUACCCGGUGCCAGUUUAAAGAGUGUGCAAAGAGAUAAUGCACAUUUGAAUUUAGCUUUAAGUACAGGUGAUACCAUUAGGGCCGAUGUGGUGGUUGUUUGUGUAGGUUGUGAAGCCAAUACAGAAAUUGCAAGUAGUUCGGGCUUAGAAGUGGAUAAGAAUUUGGGCGGUUUUGUCGUCAAUGCUGAACUAGAAGCUCGUCGUAAUUUAUUUGCUGCCGGAGAUGCUUCCUGUUUCUAUGAUCCCCUGCUGGGCAGGAGACGUGUCGAACAUCAUGACCACUCUGUGGUAUCGGGUCGUUUAGCAGGCGAGAAUAUGGUGGGGAAAAAGAAACCCUAUGCCCAUCAAAGCAUGUUCUGGUCUGAUUUGGGACCCGAAAUUGGUUAUGAAGGCAUUGGCUUGAUAGACUCAUCAUUGCCCACUGUUGGUGUUUUCGCCCUCGGCAACAAAGCUGAAAGACAAACCGAUAAUCUACCAGAGCCCAGUAAAGAGGAUACUGAACAAAGCAGCCCCAAAACUCCUAGUCAAGAUGUAGCCGAAGUAAAAUGCAACGAAGAGCAAGCUGACAAUUACGGACGAGGUGUAGUGUUCUAUUUAAGAGAUGACAAAAUUGUUGGAAUUCUUUUGUGGAAUAUCUUUAAUCGCAUUGGUCUGGCGCGUACUAUUAUCAAUCAAAAUAAGAAAUAUGAUGAUCUAAAUGAAGUGGCGAAAUUAUUCGAAAUCCAUUCGUAGAACAAUUAAAAUAUAACAUAGUUAUAAAUUUGUAUGUCCUAUGUACUUUGGUAAGGUAGAAAUGUUUUUGUUGUUAAUUAAAAUCGAUUUCUUUCCUUUGCAAGAAAUUGAAUGUAUUGUACCUACAAACGAAAAAAAUACACAAUAAUCCCCUGCAUUUUCCAUGAACUGACAACACACACAAA